GAGCUCUCUCUCUCUCUCUCUCGGCAUGGCGGAGAUGGAGUAUUUCACCGAUGGAGUUCGUUCUUCUAUCUAACAGCUGUCAUUUAUUAUUAUCUCGAACCGGGAAAUCUGUGUUUAAUUUUGUCAAACCGUACUGAACUGCUGUUUCCCUGGUAUUGGGUGAGGGAUGGCCGACCGAGGCGUGGACCUGUCCGCUUUGCCUGUCGAGAUCCGGGAGCAGCUUGCAGAGCUGGACCUGGAGCUGUCGGAAGGCGACAUCACACAAAAAGGCUAUGAGAAGAAAAGGGCCAAGCUGCUUGCUUCUUACACCAUCCAAACACAAAAUUUGGCCCCACCUCCAGAGUAUGAGGGACAGGACCCAGGCCCAAGCUCUGCCCCCCCACCUAGCAAUGCUUCUUCAAGUUCCUCCUCCUCUCGGCAGCGCCGCACCCGGCGACCUCACCGUAGCAGCGGCACCAGGGAUGAGCGCUAUAGAUCAGAUAUCCAUACUGAGGCUGUACAGGCUGCCUUGGCUAAGCAUAAGGAGGAGAAGAUGGCGCUGCCUAUGCCAACUAAACGCCGCUCCACAUACGUGCAGUCACCUAUCGAGACCUGCACGCCACCCGACUCCUCCUCUUCCUCUGAUGAUGAAGGUGGCCUGGGAGGAAGUGGGGUCCAGCAGCAGUCUCCUGAUUCCUGGAUGAAUAGCUCCAUCCAUGGGUCCUCCACCUCCUCCUCGUCAGCAUCCUCCACAAUGUCCCAUGGGGAGUCCCGCGCUCCGCAGGCCCCUCAGCCCCAGAGCCAGCAGGGGCCCCCCUACACCCAGCCGCCCUUCUCCCACUCCCAUCCCUCCGCCCUAGCUGAGGCCUUUGCUCACGCUCGCAUCGAGGCUCCGGGAGCAGGUGCUCUGGGCCCGGACGGCACUCCUCAGCCCCAGGACCUGGCUCGGGCCUGCGACUCCCGCGUCGACUUACCCCCCAACGUCAUCGUGAGAGGCAUGAGCCGCGGCCAUAGCAGAUCCAGCAUGAUGGAGACAGCUGACGUGAGAAGAGUGGGGAAAGGUGUUCCCGUGUCCAGUCGUGUGUCCACUAAGAUCCAGCAGCUGCUCAACACGUUGAAGAGGCCCAAGCGCCCUCCCCUGAGCGAAUUUUUUAUGGAUGAUCAAGAGGAGAUUGUAGAAGUUCCUCGGCCAGAUCCUAACACCCCAAGGCCAGAGGGCCGUCAGAUAAUCCCUGUAAAGGGUGAGCCACUGGGUGUGGUCAGUAAUUGGCCUCCCGCCCUCCAGGCUGCAUUGGCCCGAUGGGGUGCCACUCAGGGCAAAAGCCCUGCCCUCACAGCCCUUGACAUUACAGGAAAACCACUCUACACACUCACAUAUGGGAAACUGUGGAGUCGUAGUGUUAAGCUGGCCUACACCCUCCUCAAUAAACUGGGAACCAAGAAUGAGCAGGUCCUCAAGCCAGGAGACAGGGUGGCGCUGGUGUACCCUAACAGUGACCCAGGAAUGUUCUGGGUGGCCUUUUAUGGCUGUCUGCUUGCAGAGGUCAUUCCUGUGCCCAUAGAGGUGCCACUGUCUCGCAAGGAUGCAGGCAGUAGUCAGGUGGGCUUUUUGUUAGGGAGCUGUGGGGUGAGUCUAGCCCUCACCAGUGAGAUUUGUCUGAAGGGUUUACCUAAGACCCCCACUGGAGAAAUCCUGCAGUUCAAAGGCUGGCCAAGGCUGAAAUGGGUGAUUACUGACUCCAAGUACCUCACCAAACCUUCAAAAGACUGGCAGCCCCAUAUACCAACAGCCAACACUGACACGGCAUAUAUAGAGUAUAAAGCAUGUAAGGAGGGGACAGUGAUGGGUGUUGCCGUGUCGAAGGUUGCCAUGCUGACACACUGUCAGUCUCUCACACAGGCCUGUAACUACUGCGAGGGAGAAACACUGGUGAACGUUCUGGACUUUAAGAAGGACAUGGGUCUGUGGCAUGGAGUUCUCACUAGUAUAAUGAACAGAAUUCACACUAUCAGCGUCCCUUAUGCAGUGAUGAAGGCUUGCCCUCUCUCCUGGGUCCAACGAGUUCAUAUAAACAAAGCGCGAGUUGCCUUGGUGAAGUGUCGCGACCUGCACUGGGCCAUGAUGGCCCACAAAGAGCAGAGAGACAUUAGCCUGGCCUCCCUGCGCAUGCUUAUCGUCGCCGAUGGAGCCAAUCCCUGGUCUGUGUCAUCGUGUGAUGCGUUUUUGAACGUGUUCCAGGCAUAUGGUCUGAAGCCGGAGGUCAUAUGUCCCUGUGCCACCUCCCCUGAGGCCAUGACUGUGGCCAUCCGUAGACCCGGUGUUCCUGGGGCCCCCCUUCCAGCCCGUGCCGUCCUAUCCAUGACCGGAUUGAGUCAUGGAGUCAUCAGGGUCAACACAGAAGACAAGAACUCUGCCCUCACUGUCCAGGAUGUGGGCCAUGUCAUGCCCGGAGCCCUGAUGUGUAUCGUGAAGCCUGACGGGCCCCCCAUGCUGUGUAAGACUGAUGAGAUAGGAGAGAUUGUGGUGAACUCUCGCGCUGGGGGAACCAUGUACUACGGCCUGUCUGGAGUCACUAAGAACACCUUUGAGGUGAUACCAGUUAACGCCAGCGGUGUCCCUAUUGGAGAAAUCCCAUUUGUGCGUUCAGGGCUGCUGGGAUUUGUAGGACCGGGCAGUCUGAUAUUUGUGGUGGGAAAGAUCGAGGGACUGCUGAUGGUCAGCGGGCGUCGCCACAAUGCUGACGAUCUUGUGGCUACAGCUCUGGCUGUAGAGCCAGUCAAAACCGUGUACAGGGGCAGGAUUGCUGUGUUCUCAGUAACAGUCUUCUAUGAUGAGCGGAUAGUAAUUGUGGCGGAGCAAAAGCCAGAUGCCAGUGAAGAGGACAGCUUCCAGUGGAUGAGCAGAGUACUGCAGGCCAUAGACAGUAUUCACCAAGUGGGUUUGUACUGCCUGGCACUGGUUCUUGCCAACACGCUGCCAAAGACGCCCCUGGGGGGCAUUCACAUUUCUGAGACUAAACAGCUCUUUCUGGAGGGUUCACUGCACCCCUGCAACAUUCUCAUGUGCCCCCACACAUGUGUCACCAACAUGCCCAAACCCCGCCAGAAGCAGCCAGUGGGAGUAGGUCCUGCUUCUAUCAUGGUGGGCAACCUAGUUGCUGGGAAAAGAAUCGCUCAGGCAGCAGGCAGAGAUCUGGGAAUGAUAGAGGACCAAGACCUGGUCCGAAAGCUGUGCAUGUGGCCUACGAUGAUGCAUCAGUUCCUCACUGAGGCUUUGCAGUGGAGAGCACAAACAGAUCCUGACCACGUGCUGUAUGUGCUCCUGAAUGCAAAGGGCGUGGCAGUGUGUACAGCCACAUGCGUGCAGCUUCACAAAAGAGCCGAAAAGAUUGCAGCUGCUCUCAUGGAGAGAAGUGGCAUCAACACUGGAGAGAAUGUUGUGUUGUUAUACCCACCAGGUAUCGAUCUAAUUGCUGCAUUUUAUGGCUGUUUGUAUGCUGGUUGUAUUCCCGUCACCGUGAGGCCGCCACAUCCUCAGAACCUAUCAGCCACGCUUCCCACAGUCCGUAUGAUCAUCGAUGUCAGUAAAGCUGCCUGUAUCCUUACGACUCAGCUUCUAAUGAAGAUCCUGAGAUCAAAAGAAGCAGCUACGAGUGUUAACAUAAAAACAUGGCCUAUCAUAAUAGACACAGAUGAUCUUCCUCGCAAGCGGCCCCCAUCCAUCUACAAGCCUCCGUCUGCUGACAUGAUUGCCUAUUUGGACUUCAGUGUCUCCACCACAGGCAUGCUUACGGGGGUAAAGAUCUCCCAUUCGGCAAUGAGUGCUCUGUGUCGCUCCAUAAAGCUGCAGUGUGAGCUCUACUCUUCGCGCCAGAUAGCCAUCUGCCUUGAUCCCUACUGUGGCCUCGGCUUCGUGCUCUGGUGCCUUGCGAGUGUGUACUCAGGUCAUCAAUCAAUCCUGAUCCCUCCUACGGAGCUGGAGAGCUCAUUGGCUCUAUGGCUGAGCACGCUCAGUCAGUACCGCAUCAGGGACACCUUCUGCUCCUACUCCGUCAUGGAGCUCUGCACCAAGGGACUUGGAGGACAGACUGAGAUGCUGAAGGCUCGUGGCGUGAACGUGUCAUGUGUGAGGAGCUGUGUGGUGGUUGCUGAAGAGCGUCCCCGCCUGGCUCUCACACAGUCCUUCUCUAAACUCUUCAAAGACCUCGGCCUCUCCUCACGGGCGGUCAGCACUGCUUUCGGAUCCCGAGUCAACCUGGCUAUCUGUCUGCAGGGAACCACUGGACCAGACCCUUCUACUGUUUACGUGGACAUGAAGUCCUUACGACAUGACAGGGUACGGCUGGUAGAGAGAGGUGCACCACAGUCUCUUUCCUUGAUGGAGUCUGGAACAAUCCUUCCUGGAGUGAGAGUGGUAAUAGUGAAUCCAGAGACAAGAGGACCACUAGGGGAUUCUCAUCUGGGAGAGAUCUGGGUGAACAGUCCUCAUACAGCGACUGGUUACUACACCAUCUAUGGAGAGGAGAGUCUGCAGGCUGACCACUUCAAUACCAAGCUCAGCUUUGGAGACCCGCACACAUUCUGGGCCAGGACUGGAUACCUGGGCUUUGUCAAGAGAACUGAACUCACAGACUCAAGUGGAGAACGUCAUGAUGCUCUAUUUGUGGUGGGUUCUCUGGAUGAAACACUGGAGCUGAGGGGUCUGCGGUACCACCCCAUCGACAUAGAAACCAGCGUGUCACGCGCUCAUCGCAGUAUCGGAGAGAGUGCUGUGUUUACCUGGACUAAUCUACUGGUGGUGGUGUCUGAAUUAUGUGGAUCAGAGCAGGAUGCGCUAGACCUGGUCCCGCUGGUGACGAAUGUGGUGCUGGAGGAACACCACCUUAUCGUCGGGGUGGUGGUGAUUGUUGACCCUGGGGUCAUCCCUAUCAACUCCCGUGGUGAGAAGCAGAGGAUGCACUUGAGAGACUCCUUUCUGGCUGAUCAGUUAGACCCCAUAUACGUGGCCUACAACAUGUGAGCUAGCCCAAUUCCAAGGCCUGGAGCUGAAGAAUGUGUUGGAGCAGCUCUCCAAGCCUGAGCACAGAGGCUGGCACAUAUGCUGGGUUUCAGUCUUCAUGGUAUGUGAGGAAAACUUUGUUCUUGCUUCACCACAGGCAAAAUGUCAACUAUAACUGCAAACAUCAUGGCGGACUAGUGUUUGGAUAAGAGGUUUAUACAGCUUUCUUCUGAUGAAACAACAUUUCUUUAUCCUAAGUCAGGAUAUUUCAUGGCACUACUCUGAUUUUAAAACAAUUAAUUUUACUGUGGGUACUGCACCACAAUUCCCCCAAUCCCCUUCCCAAGCCUGAAUAAGUUGAAGCACUUUAAAAAAAAAAAAAAAAAAAAAAAAAAAAAAAAAGGUCAGUUGAGAGUUUUGUUCUGGAACAUGUUAUAAGAGAUCUUGUAAUGAUCUCUUAAAACACAUCCCAAGGUAUUGACAAAUUCAUGACUUUAUUGAGCAUUUGUUUAAUUUAUGUGUUUGGCAACAUCCACGUACUAGUUUCUACAUAUUGAAUAUUCACUUUUAUUUUACAGAAAUACCCAUCAGUCUUAAUUAACCACAUCCACUACAACUCAAAAAUAGGUUUUUAUAUAAAGAUCUUGAAUUGUAUUAUCAGAUAACAGUUUAAUAGUUUGAGCUUUCUUUGAGUUAAUAACUAAAAAUGGCUCAGUUAGCUGAAUUUAAAAUACAGCAUUUUGUUACAAACACUGAACUAAAGUAAACUUUUAUUUGGAACAUUAUUAGGUUUGGUGUGUAAAAAUGCAGUUUUUUUUUAUCAUACAAUGUUAUUUUUGAGCAAUUUAUUUUCCAUUUGUGUCAUUAAUGCACAUCUCAAAUUGAUUUCAAACAUAAGAGUAGGCCUGAUUGUAUGUGGAUGCUAUAAAGGUUAAGGAUUGCUAA